GCGGCCGUUGGUGAGGGGUCUCGCUUGUAGUUCCGUUGCUCUACUCCUCCCGUUGCAAAAUGUGAAAGGAGAAGCGGCUGGUGGAGGGCGUCCUACGCAAUGAGUCGGCGAAGGAAAUAUGGGGACAGCCCUGGCCUGAAGAACACGCCGCGCAAAGCGGCGGCGACUGAGGAAUGCAGCUCGGUGGUCGAAACGGGGAAGAGGCGGCUGAGGUCGGCCCGCGGUUCAGGGCCCUGUGGGGCUGGAGAGAGGCCUCCCCGGCCCCUGCCGCAGCAAGAGCAGCCUCCAGUAGCCGCUUCGUGCAGUAAAAGUAACCCCGAGGGUGAGACGUGGGCAGGGGGGCCUCCCUGGGCUUCGGCGCCACAGCUUCAGAAGCCAGCUCGUGACCGGGAAACCCCGGGUGCAGAAAUGUAUGAAACACCGAAGAGAAUGCUGCAAAUGGAUUUAUUGUCAUCUACCUUCAGUUCUCCUAAUGAUCCAGAUGGACAGAAUGAUAUCUUUUGGGAUCAGAAUUCUCCAAUGACAAAACAGUUAGGUAAAGGAAGAAAAAAGCAGACUUACACCACAGAUAGUGAUGAAAUCUCACAUAUUGUUAAGCGUAUUGCUCCUCAGGAUGAGAAACCAACAACAGACUCCAUGCUGGGCGUGUGGAUUGGUGCAACUGCUAUUCCUUGCACUCCUAGUGUAGCAAAAGGAAAAUCAAGAGCAAAACUCAGCUGCACAAAGUUAAAAUCACAAAAUCAGGAGGAGGAACUUAUGAAAUUGGCUAAGCAAUUUGACAAAAAUAUGGAAGAGCUAGAUGUGAUUCAAGAGCAAAACAAGAGAAAUCAUGAUCUUAUCCAGAUGAUUUCAGAAGCAGAGACUUUAAAUAAUUACAGAGAUAGUGUACAGACACAGUUGCUACAUGAUAUAGUUCCUGAAAUAGAUAAUGCUAUGAUAAAGAAGCCAGUGAAAGAAAACAGGAUAUUUGUAGUAAAUGAUCAAAAUAGCAGUCAGAAGCCAUUUGACCAAAAUGCUGAAGCAGCCUUUAUCGCCAUUUUUGAUGGUUCUACUCAGAAAUGUAGUGGACGGUUAAGCCAAGAUCUGUCAGCUGCUUUCUUGAACACCAGUAAUACUACCUUCGGAAAGAAAAACGCUUUGAAAGAGGAGAACAUCAUUACUAAUGAAACUCUGGUCACUGAAAAACUGCCAAAUAAAACCGAAGGAUCACUUUCUCGUCAAGUAGAUAAUCCUGGAAUGACAAAAUCGCAUGUGACUUCCUGUACUAAGGAACCAGGAGCUUUUAAUAAGCACAUUGAUACAUUUACUACCAGUGAUUUUGAGGAUGAUUGGGAAAACUUACUAAAUAAUGAACCUUUUGUUAUGCAAAAUAUUGAAAUGUCUGAACUUUUCCCUGCCCCUGAAACAGCCCAGAUUACUGAUCAAAAGGAAAUUUGUACCUUUAACAGUAAAAAUGGUAAAAGUAAGUCAGGAAUGAAUACAAGUCUAGAUACCAGGUUAAGAGAUUCAAAAAUUUUACAAGAUCUUCCUUCAAAGACAUGGAACAGUGAAUUAACAGAUGCUGCAAAAUACAGAUUUUCACCAAAGCCGAAUGAUAAACCAAAUAAAUUAUCAUCCACUGGAAAUAAAAUGAAAUUGGAGAAAUCUUUUAAUACAGUUGUUGUUCAAGACAAAAUUCAAGACUGUGCAGUUGCAUCUAAUCUGGCAAAAGUAAAUGAAGAUACUCAUAUUAAAUUUACUUCUAAUGUAAAUGCUUCUGAAAAGAAGUCUACUUUGAACCCAGGAUGUUCUAAUGAACAAAAAAAUAAGUCCAUUUUUAAUCAGUCUUUGAAGGCACCUACUAAUGUCGAGCCUUUAGGCUCUGCAACUUUGGGCAAUAAAACCAGUGUUUGUAACCCAAAUCAGACUAAUGCGUCAAAGCUUAGUUCUUUCUUUGAUGAUUGGAAUGAUACAUCAUUUACCAAUGAAAUUGUUAAAGCCUGUCAUCACUUAGAGAAUACCUGGGAAGCAGAUGAUGUAGAUGAUGAUUUAUUAUACCAAGCAUGUGAUGAUAUUGAAAGACUAACUCAGGAACAAGACAUUAGAGUGGACAGCAAGACAUCAGAAAGUGUACUUGGGAUCAAUAAUAGUUCUAAACAUGGAGCCAAAAAUGUGUUUACUACACCUAAACAAGGAAGUCAGUUGGUGCAAUCAAAGCGUUUGAAUCUGAACAGCGUUUCAGUGCAAACAUCUUCAUUGACAGAUAGCUUACAAAUAAAUAAAUCAAUGAAGACGGAGAAAAGGGAAAUUUGUGGAAAUUCUCCGGGGUUUUUAGGUGCCACGACAAAUUUGACUAUAUAUUCUAAGAACUCAAAUUGUCGGAUCAAUAAUCUGCAUGUCUCUUGGAAUAACACUGAUGUUCCAAAACAAGUGAAUAGUUCCAAAUCGGUUCUUACAGGAAGUUCAAGUUUGAAUGUGAGUUCAGAUCAUAUGAGUACAGAAAUUGCUGCUAAUAAGAAGAAAUUGAGUACUCCACAUCUAUCGCAUAGCACCGUAACAGAUGAAGCUCAGAGUGACCUUAACAGAACAGUGAGAUUUUCUAAGUACACGUUUAUAAAGAUGAAAAAUUCUCAAAUUCUUUCUCAGUUUAAUAACAAUUGUAUAACAGGAAGUAUUUCUGGUACCAGAAUCACACAGGGUUUGCAGAAAAAUAAAACUGUCAACCCAUUAUGUGGGAAUGCUGUUCAACAGCAGUCUUCGGUGAAAUUUUCUGAAUCUUUGAAACAAACUUCAAAAGAGGAAGAAGAGAAAAAUAGAAAGUAUUCUCCUGAAGAAAUUCAGAGAAAAAGACAAGAAGCGCUGGUUCGAAGAAUGGCCAAAGCACAGGCAUCAUCUGUAAAGAAAGACAGCUCCCACUUAACUUGAUUUCUUUAAUGAAAUGUUACUUCGGAGGUAACAAAGACAGUUGAUAACUAUCUAUGAUAGGAAAUAUUUUUUCUUGAUUUCUCUAUGAGAAAUUUAAUGCUGAGUUAUAAAGCAUGGACUUCUACUUUAUUUAAUAAAUCAGUGUUUACAAUGGUCAAUGAAACCUUUCCUUGGAGAUGUAUGUGAAAGUAAUUGCAUGUAAGUUUUGGAAAUUCAGGAAAGUUAGCAAUUAUGUAGUAGAAUCAUACGGAGGAAACUAGUUUUAUUUUUAAAUACUGUGAUUGCAGAGGAUCAUCAAAAAAUAGAUAAUCCACUUAAUUUUUAUUGUAAUAAGUCUUUUCCUAAUACAAAGCUUCAA